AUCUAUCGACUCUUGGUGAUUAUUCCGGAUGGGAGUAGGAUACUUCAUGCGAGGUUAUUGCCGCAUGUAAAGACGGAACCGCUACAGCAAACCAACCCAGGUUCGGAAGAGCGCGUCCAGCCCAGCUCGGAGCACCGGCGAUCGGACACAUCCAGCGCGACACCCGCCGAGCUCUACCCGCUCCAGGAGCCCUGUCCCGGCCGCAGCCACGCCACCCCUCACCCCCGGACACCCAGCACCAUUCAGCGCGAAGCUCUUUCACCAGACAUGCCCUGUGUGCAGGCUCAGUACGGGCCCGCCCCUCCAGGCUCAGCCUACUCUGGCCAGUCCUUCAGUUACCAGGGCGACAGCUACGGCUCUGACCUCAUGACCCCCGACUACACCAAGCUGGACCUGGGCGGUGGUGAGAUCUCCGCCGCCGCCGCCACCACCUCCCUCCCCAGCUUCAAUGUGUUCGUGGAGGGCAGCUACGAGCCCAAGUCGUCCUGCCUCUACCAGAUGCCCCCCCACCGGGCCACCAUCAAAAAGGAGGAGGAGAGCUACCCGACCGCUCCGGCGCUGGAGGCCAUGUCGUCCUCCGCCAUGUACUUUAAGCAGUCCCCCCCCUCCACUCCCACCACUCCGUCUCUGCCGCCCCAGCACGGCACCUCCUUCCUGUGGGAGGAGCACUCCCUUGCCCCUCCGUCGCACCCCCACUCCUUGGGGUCCAGCCUGGAGACGGGCCCCCUCAAGUCUCCCCGUUUUCCACACUUCUACCAGCACUCACCCCCCCACAGUGGCGGCAGCGUCGGCGGCUAUGAGAGCCUGGGGGGUCUGAUUCGAACAUCCUCCUCUUCCUCCUCCUCUUCAUCCUCGGUGUCCCACCCUCACUGUCCACCCCUGGACCAGCCCAUGUACCAGCUGCACCGUGGGGCCGGGGGCAGCAGCCUGGCCUUCCGGUCCCUGGCCCUCGGGCCCUGUGGCCCCCUGCUGGGAGACAGCCUGCCCUCCCCUCCCCCCCGUGGCCCUCAGGGUGAGGGCACCUGUGCGGUGUGUGGGGACAACGCGGCGUGCCAGCACUACGGCGUGCGCACAUGCGAGGGCUGCAAAGGCUUCUUCAAGCGCACCGUGCAGAAAAACGCCAAGUAUGUGUGUCUGGCCAGUAAGAACUGUCCUGUGGACAAGAGGAGGCGCAACCGCUGCCAGUACUGCCGCUUCCAGAAGUGCCUGAGUGUGGGCAUGGUGAAGGAAGUGGUGCGCACCGACAGCUUGAAGGGCCGCAGAGGCCGACUUCCUUCCAAACCAAAGAGCCCCCUGCAGACAGAAGGGUCUCCACCUUCUCCCCCCCUCAGCCUGCUCUCCGCUCUGCUCAGGGCUUAUUCCCACUGCACGCCCCGUGACUUUGACUACAGCCAGUUCAGUGCUGCCGACCCUCCCUCCUCCUCCUCAGACGCCGAGCACAUCCAGCUCUUCUACAGGCUGCUCACCUCCUCGAUGGAGACCACCAGGUGCUGGGCCGACCGGCUGCCCGGCUUCUCCGAGCUCCAGCGUGAGGAUCAGAACCUGCUCAUAGACUCUGCCUUCCUGGAGCUGUUCGUCCUGAGACUGGCUCACAGGUCAGUGUUGUCAGAGGACAAACUGGUGUUCUGUAACGGCUUGGUGCUGCACAGGUUCCAGUGCCUUCGUGGGUUCGGAGAGUGGCUGGACUCCGUUCGGGAUUUCGCCAACCACCUCCAGAGCCUGAACCUGGACGCCUCUGCCUUCUCCUGCCUGGCCGCCCUUGUACUGCUCACAGAGCAAGUCCCGGGUCUGAAGGACUCAAAGCGCGUGGAGGAGCUGCAGAAUAAAGUGAUUUCCUGUCUCCGAGACCACCUGGGCUGCGGACCCUCUUCGUCCUCGUCCAAGGCCGCGCCCCCUCUGAGUCGCCUCCUGGGUUUGAGGGCGGAGCUCCGUUCCCAGAGAACCCAGGGCCUUCAACGAAUCUUCUACCUGAAGCUGGAGGACCUGGUUCCGCCUCCACCGCUGAUCGACAGGUUCCUGGACACUUUGCCCUACUGACGGCCCCCCCCGGACCACCCAAACAAAGACCCACUUCACGUCCUGUUCAGGUGUUUUUCCCCCUGAGGAGCACGCGCGCACACGCGUGUGCAGAAGAGAGAGACUCGUUCCACUCUGUCUGAUGCAGAACAGAGAGAGCCAAUCAAAUGCUUUCCACUCUUCAGGACAACCAAUCAAGAAUGUCUUUUCACAAAUGGACAACCAACUAAAUGCUUUUCACCAGUAUAAAAGACAAUUGCUCAAAUGUUUUAUCACUUUUUUUGUUUUCCGAUCCUCCUAUUUUUCUCACACGGGGGAGGAGGACGGAGGCUGAGACGGACAAUGGAAAAUGACUUAUUACCGUCCUCUCUCCAUCUGGGUGGCAUCUCAUCCAGCAUAAAAAAAAGAAAGCAAGGUUUAUAAAGUACUGUUUAUCUGUGUUUUGGCCCCGGCUCGUCCAGUCUGAGGACUUUUUGGUAAUGAGGGAAGGGGAGGUGUGGUGUGAUCGAAUGUUAUCAGAGCUGAAGAUGUCCCAGUCAAACAGUGUAUUGUCCUUCGUCCCGCUGGAAGUGUGAGCGCAGACAUGCAGAGACACAUCCCAAAGCACAACACAACAGAGAUUUGAUAAACACAUGGAAGAGGCUGUUGAGUCGAGCUCCUGAUUCCAAGGUGCAAUUCCAGAAGUGCUAUCUCGCCACAAAAGGAAGAGAGACGGGGCGGUUGAAUUUUACAAAGACGUGUCCUGCACUGUCGGUAGCUAAAAAGAAUACGAGACAGUCUCCUCCCGCCAUUAGGUUAGACAGCGGGGGGGGGGGGGGGGGGGG